AGCAAGAGUACAUACCGAGUCUUGGUGGAAGUUAUGAUCACUUUCGUCAGUGAUGACAAAAAGAUGAAAAGACCAACCCGCAUGUCGGCCUAGGUAUAAUCUGUAGCUGUGGCAAUGUGUCAACUAAGUUACUUCGCUUAGUAAAGUUGACACGUUGUUCGUGUCACCACCUGCUUUGUUGAGAAACACAACCAUCCUAGGAAAUUUGGCUUGUGCCAGGCUACCAACAUGCCUAGCGCCGGAGACAGAGGCAGCGCCAAGCAGCGUGCGAGAGUUGACAGAAUGGCUACGGCAAACGUCUCAGGUGCGCGGGCAUCCAAGGAAAUCGGACUGACCUGCAAGUCAGAAUUCAGAGAGUAUCAUGAGUAUUCUGGCAGGGAGAAAACGUGGGUGGUGGUCAGCGUUCAAGCGCCUCAGUGCCAGGAGGAUGAAGAUGGAAAAGUCAGUGAGAAGGAUCGGGCACCGUUGGAGUUGGUCGCCGUGAUUGAUAGAAGUGCCACCAUGAAGAGUGACUACCAUGAUCAUGAUUAUGGUUACAGCAAACUUGCAAUGGUCCAGGAAACUAUGCUCUUCGUCAUCCAACAAUUGAAUGAACACGACAAGCUGGGGAUCGUGCUUUAUGACGAGGAAGUGACAUCAACUGGUUCACUCUGGAGGAUGGAUGCGAGCGGAAAAGCUCAAGCGACCGACAUUAUUCAGGACUUGGAAGCAGACGUAGGCUCAAAUCUAUGUGGUGGACUUAUGGAAGGGUUGGCCAUGAUUGAAGAUCUGCAGAAAGAGAAUUCCAGUGGAGACGCAAAUGCCAAAAAGGAGAAGAAAUCUGUGUCGUCUAUUCUUCUGAUGACGGAUGGUGAAGCCGAUGAGGGCUUCACCUCAGAGCGAGACAUAAUUGAUUGCUUAACACAACGAGACCGCCAUGACUUCUAUCCUGAUGGCAACUUCCGUGCUCGUCACAACAUUCCGGCUCGAGCACAAGAACCGACAGUACCACCUCCACCAUCACCGCCACAACCAUCCCCACAGGAAGUGUCGGCACCAGCAACAAGACCCGUAGUAUCCUCCACAAUAGCUAAUUCUACUGAACUUAGUGACGUUGUGGCUGCAAGUAUUUACACAUUUGGCUUUGGGGCCGAUCACAAUGCCGAGUUGUUGCAAGCAGUGAGUAAGGCUGGUAAUGGAAUGUACUACUACAUUGACUCAUCGGAGAAGAUGCCAGAGUCCUUUGCCGACUGCUUGGGUGGCUUACUUAGCACAGCCGCUCAGAAUAUAUCCCUGGAAAUCACGGCUGAGAACGGCUGUAACAUAGUGGAAGCCUAUGCGGGUCGAAGCACCAAAUCAACACAUAGUGGUGUUGCCAUUACAUUGCCUCUGGGAGAUAUCCAGUCAGAAGAAUGCCGCGAUUGUGUGUUCUGCUUGGAUCUGCCUAAUGUACCUGAAGAGUGUGAUGAAUGGGUUAUUCUCAAGGCUAAGCUGACCUGCUUCAAUGUCAUCACAAGCCUGCUGGAGGUGACCGAAGCCUUGCUGAAAGUACGCAGAGUUAAGCAACUUCCAGCUGAUCGCUCACCCAACCCUGAUGUUGACCAGCACCGUAACCGCAUCACGUCCGCUCAAGUGAUUGAGCAUGCGUCGACACUGGCAGACAAAGGAGAUCUUAAUGGAGCAAAACGCGUGCUGGCUAGGCAACAAGCCGUGAUCAGAAGGAGUGCAUCGAGCAAUUGCCCAAUUUCAAAAGAGAUGGAGAAAGACAUGCACCGCGUUACAGCAGAACUGGCAUCCCCAUCACAAUGGAAGCGUGCUGGCAAGGACUUAAGUUCAAAUAUUUCGCAGAAGCACUUGGCCCAGCGCAGCAACGAUAUACGUGAGUCUAGCUACACAAACCGCAUGAAGGUCCAGAAAAAGAAAGCCUCUUCUUCUAUUCAUGAUGAUGUCUGAUCAGACACGCAGCGUUGGCAGUAGGGCUGAUCAAGUUCCACCGCCAAUGACAUACAUGCCCCCCCCCUUACCACCCAGGCUGUCUAGCGCUGUGCACAUGUUCCUGUCACGAUGCGCGCGUGUGUGUGUGUGUGUGUGUGUGUGUGUGUGUGUGUGUGUGUGUGUGUCUUCUGGAGGUUUCAUUAAAAUUCAUUUCGAGGAGGGAUCGUUCACAAAUAAUCUAUAUUGUUCCGUAUUGUUCCGUAUUGUUCUGUAUUGUUUUGUGUUGUUUUGUAUUGUUCUGAUCAUGAAUUUUAGGAAAAAAAGAUUGCCUAUACCCUCAAA